GUCUCCUGUGUGUCUGUGGUGUGUUCAGGGAACCAUCCAGCAGAUGAUCUUUGUCUUAGGAGAUCCAACAGCAGCAGAGCAGCAGUGUCUACAUCACAGCAGCACCUGCUCACCUCCGACAGACACACAGGAUGUUGUAGUUGUAGAUGAGGUGACCAUUCAGCCUGGGAUCAGAGUAUCAUCCAAACCAGAAGGUCCCCACCAAGACACGACUCUACAGGCUACUGAGGUGACACCAAAACUGGAUCCAGAGAGCAGCAUUUCCCCUCUGAAGUCACAUCCUGAUCCAGAAGACGUAGACACCAAAGCUGUAGUGAUAACCGACGUUGACACAGACAUUCAGACUGUAGGAUCAACUAACAGAGUACCAACAACUGUGAGUAAGGAAGUAAAUCAGGGUGGAGAUACUGAACUGCAGCCUCCCUCUCUGACUGGAAAUGAGUCCUUUUCUAAUGAGCACCCUGACAUGUUAGGGACAAUGAAGAAACCAUGGAGCACAGAAGAAAGUCCUUCUGUCCACACACUUCAAACUACUCAGUACCCGAGACAAGUUCAUCAACUGUUCGUUGAAGCAAGUGACGCAUCCAUCUUGGAAAGUGUUGAGACAUCGAUUUCAAGCCUUAACGUUCAACCUGAGAGGCCCACAGCUCCAGGUGUCUCAUCCGGAGAUGCAGAAACUACAAGUACAGAGAUAUCUUUCUCUAACGGGCCACAGUUUGCUACUAGAUCUACUCUUAAUAUUUCAGGGCCCAUCACAGAAUCAGGCUUGGUCACUUCCAGCGUGUACCCUUCAUCUGAAGAAGGAGGAGUAACAGAAGCAUCGCCACAAGUCAUUAUACCUCCAGUUUCAGUAGAGCCACCGGCUAAACUCUUAAGACACACAGAAGAAAAUGUAACUGCUGCACCUCAGAAGGAUCCAGGCACAAAUCUGACUGUUUUAACUCCCACGCUACAAAGCAGAGAAGCACUAAAUACCAGCAAUGCAGAGGGUGAGAUGGGUAACGUUUCAGCCAGUGAGAUAAAGGGACAAGAGGAAAUGGAGGACAGGUUGCAAACUGUUUCACCCAAAACAGAAACAACACCACAACAAGGACUUGAAAGUGGAGAGCAGGGGAGUGGGAUGGAGACAGACGAAGAUAAAAUAGAUUUAGAGGAGGAGGAGGAAAGACAUGCAGAGAUGGAAAAAGAAAGAUAUGAUAAUGACACUGAGGAUUAUAAUCAGUCCUCACCCGAUCGGAUCUCCCAGUUCAGCACUGAAUCAGAGACUGAAUCCCCACAGCAGACUGUUAAAGCAGUCAAUCAGCCGCCUACAUUCACAGACAGACAUCAUCACGGGGAGGGAUUAAGACCUGGGAUCAGAAGUCAAAGGGGGUUGCAGGGUCCACCCGGGUCAACAGGACCACCUGGGCCCAAAGGAGACAAAGGUUAUCAAGGCGUUAUGGGCAGGACUGGGCAGACAGGAUAUAGAGGCCCCAUUGGUCCUCCUGGGAUACCUGCCAUUGUUGUAUUUAAAACCUCUGAAGAAGAGUGGGAGGCUUUCAAGAAAAAGAAGUUCUAUAAAAAGCUGAUUUCUUCCUGGCCGAAACUUAAGGGCCCUCCGGGGCCUCCUGGACCUCUUGGAGAUGAUGGACCACUUGGUCCACCUGGAAUUACUGGAAAGCAAGGACGAAGAGGAGUUCAGGGGAAAAUCGGCAUCCCUGGACCACAAGGUAUGCCGGGUCCCGAGGGCCGACCUGGGGGAGACGGGACCCCAGUAAAGGAUGCUGAUCCGGGCCCUCCGGGCUUACCUGGGGAACAGGGUCCCCAAGGCUACAGAGGAGAGAAGGGCAGCAAAGGGGAGCUGGGUGAGUGGGGUUAUCAUGGAGAAGCUGGACCGCAGGGAAACAGAGGAUUAAAAGGAGACAAGGGAAAUAAAGGAGUCAGAGGCGUCGUUGGUGUCCCCGGCUACAUAGGACUGCCUGGAGCCAGGGGUCCUUCUGGUUAUCUAGGAUUGUCAGGACCUUCGGGAGACAUUGGAUCUCAAGGCUUUGGUGGACCACCAGGCCCACUUGGAAAAUUGGGUCCCGGAGGAGUAAAAGGUGUCUUAGGAGUUAAAGGACCUCCGGGUCAUCAAGGUGAACUGGGCGCCAGAGGAGCAGCUGGACCACAGGGAGAGCCUGGUCCUGAUGGAGCGGUUUGGUUUCCUGGUGUCCGUGGUCCUCAGGGAAGCCCAGGACCAGAUGGACCUCCAGGUCCUAAAGGAGACCUUGGUGACCCAGGAGAUGAAGGGGACAUAGGGGAACCCGGACCACCUGGACUUAAUGGAGCCAAUGGGAAUCCAGGAAAGCCUGGACCCUCAGGUGAUCCCGGGGCUAAAGCCAAGCGAGGUGAGAAGGGUGAUCCGGGGUUUAAGGGAGACCUGGGACCUCCGGGGCCCCCAGGUAAAAAAGGAUUUAAGGGGCGUGGAGGCCCUUCAGGACUUGAGGGACUUGGAGGACCAACAGGGCCAACAGGACUUCCUGGAUCCAGUGGCUUCGAUGGCAUCAUGGGGGAGCAAGGGAAGCAGGGAAAAGAUGGACUGAAGGGAGAUCGGGGACCAAAUGAUAUUCAAGGAGUUACUGGACCUCGAGGCGACAAGGGUCGAGGAGGUCAAGCAGGAUUUUCUGGAUUACCAGGUCCAAUUGGAGAGAUGGGAAAAUCUGGAGAGAGAGGACGUGAAGGAGAACCUGGUAUUAAGGGAAUGCUUGGAGUCCCCGGAGUGACUGGACCUAAAGGCCAAAAGGGGUUUCAAGGUCAUUCAGGUACCAGGGGACAGGAUGGACCUCUUGGAGCUCUGGGACCCAUAGGUGCUGAUGGAAUGAGUGGGGACACUGGACCUCCAGGACCAAAAGGAUUGCCUGGGAAGACAGGAGCUCCUGACCUCCAAGGACCCGUAGGGAAGAGUGGAGAAGCUGGCAGCAGAGGAAUGAAGGGGACAUCAGGAAAGCCAGGAGAGAGAGGGGUUAACGGUAAAGAAGGCACAAGAGGGCUUCCAGGAAGUGAAGGCUUAAAGGGUAAGAGAGGUGAUGAGGGACCAAGGGGGAAACAAGGCCGCCCAGGUGAGAUGGGUAUGCCUGGACCUCGGGGAUACAGAGGAUCUCCUGGUAUCCAGGGUAACAUUGGACCAUGGGGUGAGGUCGGGCCCCGUGGCCUUCCAGGUGACCAGGGGCCACAAGGUCCAGUUGGCCCGCUUGGAGUUACAGGUUACCCAGGUAAAGAUGGACCUCAGGGACCAACUGGAUCAGCUGGUGUCAAAGGAGAUAAGGGAUCCAGAGGAGCUUUUGGUCAGGAGGGAGUUGCUGGUCUCGAUGGUGAGGAGGGUGCAGUUGGUCUGAAGGGUCCUGAGGGGCCAGCUGGACAAAAAGGCCCAUCUGGUGACAAGGGAAACACUGGGCCUCUUGGACAGAAAGGGCCAAAGGGAGCUGAAGGCAACAAAGGCAACCGAGGGCCACAGGGAGCAAAGGGGCCACCAGGGAAACAGGGAUACAGGGGAUCACCAGGGGACAGAGGGAAACUAGGAGUUCCAGGGCUCAAGGGUGACACAGGUACUAGAGGUUCAUCAGGCGUGCCUGGACAGUUCGGACCAGGGGGCAACACCGGGGCAGCAGGGGCCAAAGGCCAGAAGGGGCUCCGGGGACAAACUGGCCCCCCUGGGAAUUUAGGUCCCCCCGGACAAAUUGGACCAUCCACACCAGGUUUGCCAGGCAACAGAGUGGAGGGAAAAACUGGAAUCCCUGGACCAAAGGGCAGUCACGGUGAAACGGGCAAGCUCGGCCUUCAAGGCAUCAAAGGAGACAUGGGCAUUAGAGGUCAAAAGGGUACAACAGGAGAGCCUGGGACAAGAGGCACAAUGGGGGCAGUGGGGAAGAUGGGGUUCGUUGGCACUCCAGGUGGUAAAGGUCUACCUGGACCUGCUGGUCCUCCCGGCCGUCCAGGAUUUAAAGGAAUUCAUGGGCCAAAGGGAAAAAGAGCUCAGCCUGGAAGGAAAGGAAACAAAGGAGCUCCUGGAAAAACUGGAGAUGAAGGCCCGCUGGGUAGACCAGGACCUGCUGGACGACCUGGGAAACCUGGCCUAAGCGGUUUGGAUGGGUUACUAGGGGUUGAGGGUAAUGAAGGAGAUCUGGGUGAUGUUGGUUUCAGAGGAGCUCCUGCAACACCUGGCAGCCCUGGCAAAAUGGGAAAACCUGGAUCUCCUGGGAUCAGAGGAAACGCUGGAGCAACAGGGUUCAAGGGUAAAGCUGGACCGAAAGGAAAACAAGGACCACCUGGACCAAUGGGGCCAAAGGGUAUUCCAGGAUUGAGAGGAGAGAAGGGCAAGUCUGCAAUUACUGGUCUGAAGGGUCUCUCGGGUAACAUGGGAAUACUGGGACCAAUCGGGCCACCUGGGCAAAAGGGGAAUCGUGGUUUACAGGGCCUGAAAGGUCAAAGAGGUCUUAAAGGAAAGCUGGGGUAUACCGGUCCUCGUGGUCCACGUGGGCGAAAAGGCUUGCUUGGACUCGCCGGACAGCUUGGAAAGAAGGGAGUGAAAGGUGUCCAAGGCAGGAGAGGACCAAAGGGAGUGAAGGGCAAGCGUGGACCUCCAGGAAAACCAGGUGCACCAGGCAAGCGCAGGCCUUCACAAAGACGGGGAUCAAAACCUGAAUCAAAACCAGGUCAUGGAAAUAAGCUAAGGCCCAAAACAAGACCCGGUACAAGAUCAAAACUGAAAAAUGUGCCAAGAUCCAGACAAACGACCGGCCUCCUGAAGCGAAGUGAAAGACAACAAAAUCGGCCCAGGCUGGUGUCCAAGAGAUGGUCUGAAGUAGAUGAAGCUGAGGAGUCCUUCAGCUGGCCCCAGGGAACCAAAGAUGAUCCUGCCACCACCUGCUACGAGCUGGGACUCAUACACCCACAUCUGAAUGAUGGUUUCUUUUACAUGGACCCCAACCAAGGCUGUCCCUAUGAUGCUGUGAAGGUAUUCUGUAACUUCACAGCAGGAGGAACGACCUGCAUCGACCCUUUACAGUCUAAGAUUAAAUUAAGUUGGGAACCAGAGAACAAGAAAUCUAAAAUGCCUAUCCAGUGGUUCAGUCAGCUGCACGAUGGAAACAAGUUUGAGUACGCUGGUGUGGAUGUCGUCCAGCUGAGGUUUCUGCGGCUACACAGCCACACGUCUUUCCAGCGCAUGACUGUCAGCUGUACGGCAAACUGCUCCAGUACUGCUGGAACAGCUGAUUCAGCCAAAAGGAUUAUUCACUUCCUGGGAGACUCUGGAGAAGAAAUCAUUUCACACCUUACCACAGUGUCCAGGACAGGCUGUGAGGUGGAGGCGGUUGUGAUGGUUCGGGGGAGCACGGAGCUCCAUCGAGGUGAUAUGGAGUUACUUCCUGUCAGAGAUCUUGGCGUAGAGAUGAGGUUGUUAUCUCUCCUUGAUGUCCCUGAGGUCACCGUUGUGUUGGGACCUCUCUGCUUCUUGUGACCGAUGAGGAGUGUGUGUGUGUUCUUGUGUGUGUGCAUGAUGAGCUGUAAAUAUCUCCUUUAUAUAGAAAGCAGGGAUUUAUGGUGUCUAGAUAUUUUACAUAGAACAUUUUUGUCAGGAUUAAUUUGCUCAGUGCUGUACUGUUUUUGUGUAUAUUUAUUGAAUUGUCACAAGCUGAAUGAAUUGUUAGAUUUUAUCAUAUGAAGCAUUAUAUGAAUUGUUAUUAAAUGUUUAUGUAGCACCUAAUUUUAUUUGUUUAAAUGACAGUUAAAGUGUUUAUAUUACGACUCUGUGUAUUCAGUGUCUCGUGAUCCUCACAGGUGGGGGAUGUGCAGCACUAUCAAAAUAAAAUGUGGAAGGAAAUCGA